AUGCAAGGUAGACGUUCGUUGCAAUUUGAGUUGAUUCAUAUAGACCAAGAACUUGAGAGUACUUUAAGAGAACAGCGGAGGCAGCAAGUGUUUCAAGAACCAGCCAUGGGGGAAGUCAAUAAUGGUAGAGAUAAUCCUCCACCAUUGCCACCACCACAACCAAGGCUCAUGCGUGAUUAUACAAAGCCAACGGAGUACAACGCACCGUCAUGCAUUGUUUUGGCUCCAAUUGCGCAGCGAUUUGAGAUUCGUCCACAAAUCUUUCAGUUGCUGCCUAUAUUUCUUGGGAAGGAGGAAGAAAAUCCAUACCAUCAUAUCAAGGCGUUUUUCAAGCUAUGUUCCACAUUCACAUUCACCAAUGUUACUGAAGAGCAAAUUCGACUUCGGUUAUUCCCAUUCUCUUUGAGGGAUAAAGCAAGCAGUUGGUUGGAUUCUCUUCCCGAAGCAUCUAUCGACACAUGGACAGAAUUAUCCAAGAAGUUUUUGUCCAAGUUCUUCUUCCCCGCUCGAAGAACCAAUGCUCUGAUCAAUGAAAUCAUGAGCUUUCGGCAACAAGAAGGUGAACAGUUUCAUGAAAGUUGGGAGCGAUAUAAGGACUUGUUUCUUCAAUGUCCUCAUCAUGGUUUCAACACUUGGCAAAAGGUUCAUUAUUUUUACAAAGGUUUGAACUCUCAAUGUAGGAGUUUGGUUGAUUCAACAGUUGGUGGAACCUUGAUGGACAAAACUCCAGAAGAUGCCAUUCAUGCCUUUGAAACUAUAUGUGAAAAUUCUGAGCAUUGGGAUUUUCCUACAAAAGAUUCGAGAGUUCCAACUGCAUCGUCAACAAAAAGAGGAGGCAUUUAUGAAGUUGAUACAAGGACGGGUUUAGAGGCACAAGUAGCAGCUCUCACGAAGCUUCUCACACCACUAGUAAGCAAGAUAGCCACGCAGCCAUGUAGCUUAUGUGCAAGCAUCGCCCAUGACAUGGAACAUUGUCCAGCAAAUCCUAAUCUAGAAGGCAUGCAUGAGGUCAAAGCAUUUAGUGGGAGGCCCCGAAAUGAUCCGUACUCAAAUAAUUAUAACCCGGGAUGGAGAGAACACCCGAAUUUUUCUUGGAGAGAUUCCCAAAAUAGCAUGGGACCAUCCAAUUCAACAAAGCAAUAUCAGCAGCCUUAUCAAGCUCCUCCAAUUCAACAAGAAGACCCUUCUAUCAAGGACAUGCUAUCUCAACUCUUAAAGAAAACCGAUCGGUAUGAACAGGAAGUUGUAUCGCUUAGACAAAGUCAGACGGUGUUGGAAAAGGCUCAAUCUAAUUUUGAGAUUCAAUUGGGACAAAUAGCUACUACUUUGAACAAAUUGGAGCGAGCACAAGGGCAAUUUCCAAGCCAAACAGAAAUUAAUCCAAGAAAUAAUGAGCAUGUGAUGGCCAUUACAACCUUGAGAAGUGGGAAGAUGAUCGACAACAAAGUAGAGAUGCAUGAGAAAGUUGAAAAGGAGAAGGAGAGGGGAACGGAUAUGAAUGACCAGCAGCAAAAUCAUUAUUUUAAGAGUUCAAAACAGCCACUAUCUGAGCCGAAAAGAACUUUAUUUGAUCCAAUGCUUAAGGAUGUGGUGUAUGAUCCUCCUCUACCAUUCCCUCAGCGUGCAAAGAAGGGAAGAAAAGAUCAGUACUCGGGGCAUAUAUUGGACCAAUUCAAGAAAGUUCAAAUCAACAUUCCAUUGCUUGAAGCCAUCAAAGAAAUUCCAUCAUAUGCAAAAUUCUUGAAAGAACUGUGUACUCACAAGCGAAAGUAUGGAAAAUAUGAAGAGGUGAUGUUAUCAGAAACGGUAAGUGCAGUGCUUCAACGAAAAUUGCCACCAAAACUCAAGGAUGCAUUAUUGGAGAAAGAAAAUUUGAACGAGCCUUACUUGACUUGGGAGCAAGUGUCAAUCUUAUGCCUUAUUCUGCGUACAAACAUCUAA